AUGAUCGCCUGCAUGCGUGUGGACGGAGCUCACUGUUUCCGGCCGCUGUGUUCGCACCCGUGCUGCUGGGACACUGAGCACCGAGGAAGCCGAGGAAUCACACGCCUCGCUCCAGCACGCGUCAAGAGAUGCUCUCUCAAAGACGAGAUCUUUCCAUCUCUGAGUGUUGUCAAUGUCUCUGAAUGGGCUGGACAGAGGAGAACAAGUAAAGAAAGGCUAUUAUACAGCACGGACACAGAGGAAUCUUUGAAUGAUCUCACCAUACAGACAGAAGACACUGGAAAGAUCAAGAGGGCAGAUCUUUCCUUCCCAGAAUCCAUUUCCAGCACGCUCACCGAUACACAAAACAAAAUAAAGGUAAAUACUGUUCACAUCAGUCCUUUCACGAGCUGUUCUGAGUUUCCACAGUGUCCAGUGGUCACAUGGAUUCCCAACCCGCACCACAAGCCUCAGUGCCUCCACCUAAACAAGUCUAGAUCUCCAAACAUUGCUAUAAAAGAGUUAAUCUGCCUUCCAUCUUGUCAAAUGUCCAAGUCAUCCAAAGCGGCUCACCCGCGGAAGAGGGGUAAUGUUGGUAAAAGGAGGGAGCAGAGAGGGAGUAACUCGACACUAGAGAGCGCUGGCACCCCACGGCGGCUGGGCAUCGGCUUUCCUCCCAUCCCGAAUCAUCUCUCCGGCAACAUUCCUUUCAGAGAUAGUGGGUGUGGAUCACUGGACCAAAAACUGCCAAGCCUAACCACAACACACCCAAACCAUAGUAGUCUGAGUCCGACCUUAAGCCUGAGUUUAGGAUCAGUAAAGUGCUGGAGAGGCAGCUGAAACAGACCUAGAGAUGGGUCUCAAAUCUGCUAAACCUGUUCCAUAUGUAGGUAGUUGUGUCCAGUGAUUCAAUGCACUUUUGUCUUGAAAGACUUUUCAUGUUUUAAACAUAGACUAUCUUUGACAAAUAAUUGAAUUGUAGCCCAAUGAUAAUAAACAGCUGGUGGCCAAAUCAGGGAGAUUCAAAGCUUAACUGAACUGAACUUGCAAAGUGAAUCAAUUAAAUUUAAAGUGAGUUCAGCUGAUAUGUGCUGCAUGUAUAAAUCCGUAUUUGACAACUAAUAACA